AGGAAGUGAAAGUUGCUGUCAUGGAAGCGAUGACGCGCAAGGGAGCAGCAGUGUGACGCUUUUGUGGUCUUCAAAUUAUUCUUAGUUAAAAUACUUAAUGACAUCGAACAAUCCUUCCUUUCGGAAAAUGGCCGUAAAUAUAAAAAAGUAUCAUUCUGAGCCCUUCUUGUGUAACUGCGGUCCGUGCAAGAGGUUUUGGCGUUCUACUCUCUUCAACAACAGUGACACUCUUUUAAACGAACAGCGUGGUGAAACUUUGUCUGCUUCUGACAAUCCCAAAUCCGUUGCUGUUGGAGACAGAGUUAGAUCAGCGGAAAGCCAGCCAGUAAAUGCCAAGAAUGGAAUCCAGCAUAUAAUGGGCCAAGGCUCUCCACAUUAUACAAGCAUUCAUGAUGAUUUCUUAUGUGUUGUCAAAUUUGUUGGAUUUGUGGAUGAAAAUGCUGUUCCUCCAACACUGAGAAUUGGCAUAAAGCUGGAUGAGAGUGUGCUUUUGGGGCAUGAUGGUGUGUACAAUGGCAAACGGUAUUUUAACUGCACCAAUGGACAUGGAAUAUUUGUCAAAUACACCGAGAUAACUCAGCUGCAGCCUCCAAAUAAACGGCCACCAGUCCAAGGAAAUACUAUGUUUCCUAGCUGGCCAGAAAUUUGUAAGAUGAGGAAACAACGAGAAAAAAUACCAGGAGUGUGUUUCAUGCUUUCAGGAUUGAAGAAAUGCGUAAAGAAACUCAGAAGACUGUUACACCUGGUAUUUCCAUUAAAAUGCCUGCCACCUCCUUUAAUUCAUCCUCGAGAGACAAAAACCCAGAAACUCAGACGAACAAUAAAACCCUAUCCAUUCAUCCAUGACACAUUUGACAAUAUAAUAAAGGAUCAAGAACUGCUACAGCAGAAAGAAAAGCUCACAGCAUACAUGCGAGUCUCAGAAGGCAGCCAAAUAAAGUGGGAGGACAAGCAAAUUCGACAAUGGCGCCAAAAGUAUGCUGAUCCUGAAAAGGUCAAGAGAAUGGGAGAAACAUUGAAGAAGUUGAGCUCAGCGUAUCAAGAAGGGCUGAAGCUUCGCGACACAAUUACUCCUGAACUAGAAUAGGAAUCCAGAGUGUGCCAACAAAUUGUUGUUCAAAUUACUAGAAAUGCUUCCAUUGCAAGCUGUAAAGUAUUCAGAAAGACAUUGUUAACUGAACUGUGUACAUAUGUUAAUCUACUUGUCUUUCAGCCCAUUUUUUAAAACUGAAGAUCAAUAUCUAGUGUUGCAGAGAGUGCAUUUUUAAAACUCAGUAUUGUUUUAUCACAAUUACUUCCCCCAAAAAUUCAACAUACUUAUAUGCCCUGAAAUCUCAUGUCUUCCACAGCUAAUGGUUUUGAUGCAUGAACAUCAAGUCACCAAUUAUAUUUUCUAAGCUUGCAGACUUGACCAUGCAUCAUUAUCUUUUCCUGAAAUGUUAUUGCUGCUCUCUACCCACUUUUUGCCCAGCAUCCUGUUGCUUACAUUCACCUUGUUUAGCUUCUCCCAGUUCUUUACUCAUUUUUUAUCACUAAGAUACUCUUCCUAGGUACCACCACCUACUUAGACAAUCCAAGAUUUUGAUGCACUUUUCUGAGCUAUCAAUCUGUCCACAUUUAUUUUCAAGACUUUUACGGCUCACAUUGUGCUGAGCAUGAUUUUGACAUGAGUUGAGAACUGUAUAGAAAUUAUGUGAUGCUUCCAAAUCAUACUAGUUACUUUACUUAAAAAAGCUUGUUCUUUAUUCAGAAAAUAGUAUGUCAGCUUAGGACUUCAGCUUUUUUGUUGGAUGAUUGUAUGAUUUGCAAGAUACUGUUGGAAAUCACAUGGGCUGAUUCUGUUUAAUUUUGGGGUAAUCUUCAUGCAUUUCAGUGUAUGGAACUUGCAAACUAACCCACAUCAAAAGGUAAUCCCAGAAAAAGACAACCAGAAAAAAAUAACCUAUAACUGAAAGAAACCACAAGAAGAUUCAAAAAGCAAGACAAGAGAAGCCAUAACUUUGCAGUUUUGCAGUCUAACUAAUUAGCCAGCUUCGUGAUUUUCUCAGAUAACAAUAUGAAUGUGAUAAUCUGCCUAGUUUCUUUACCAAAGACCACUAAAAUUUAUUAAAUCAUUAACAAAAUCCAAGUGUUUAGUGUUAAAAAAAUAAAUUUAACAUGACAUGUAACAGCAUUUGUAUUUUGUGUAUGAUAGAAUGAUCUACAUUCAGUUCUCAUAAAAAUAGCUGUCAACCUCGCCCUUCUAAUACUAAUUAUAUUAUCAGAUAUGAUGUUGAUUCCAUUUCCAAGGUAUGACUAUGCAAGGAGAGAGGCAGAAUAAGAGACAGGCAUGCAGUCACAUAAUUUCAUCCUUUUUAAAAUGUUAAAUAUAAGGCAUUUGUUUUACAGAAAGUUCAGCAACCUCCCAUUAGCUUAUACUCAGCAGGAUCUAAUGGAUGUUAAAAUGCAAUCUUAGUGAGUCUUUUAGAUUAUCAAUGUAUAGUUUUCAAACCCUGUUUAUCUUGCUUAUUGGGAAUGUACUAAUAUUGCAUGCCUUGGCA